AUGGCAGACUCUGAUUCAAAUAACCAAUCAGCGUAUGCAAACGGAAAUGUUACAAUGGAAUCAAACUAUGAUGAAGUUGUAGAUUCGUUUGAUGCGCUGAAACUAAACGAAAAUUUAUUAAGAGGAAUUUACUCAUACGGUUUUGAAAGACCGUCGGCAAUCCAGCAGCGCGGAAUAAAGCCAAUUAUUGAAAAUUAUGACACAAUUGGCCAAGCACAGUCUGGCACAGGAAAAACGGCAACAUUUAGUAUUGCAGCUCUUCAAAUAAUCAACUACGAUCUUAUGUCAUGUCAAAUAUUAAUCUUGGCACCGACAAGAGAGUUGGCACAGCAGAUCCAGAAGGUGGUCCUGGCAUUGGGAGACUACCUGAAGGUGCAAUGCCAUGCCUGUGUAGGAGGCACAGUAGUACGCGACGACGUACUCAAGUUGAAGGCAGGUGUACACAUGGUUGUAGGAACACCAGGAAGAGUCUACGAUAUGAUCGACAAAAAAGCUUUAUUGACGGACAAAAUGAAGUUGUUUAUACUAGACGAGGCAGACGAGAUGUUAUCACGCGGAUUUAAAGGACAAAUACAUGAAGUCUUUAAAAAGUUGCCCCGGGAUAUCCAAGUAGCACUUUUCAGCGCAACAAUGCCCAAUGAAAUAUUGGAACUCACAACCAAAUUCAUGCGCUCACCAAAGAGGAUACUAGUAAAAAAAGAUGAGCUGACACUGGAAGGAAUUAAACAGUUCUACGUAUUGAUAGAAAAGGACUACAAGUUUGACACACUCUGCGACCUCUACGAGUCAGUGACGAUCACACAGGCGAUCAUAUACUGCAACACGAGAAGGAAGGUGGACACGCUGACAGCAAAAAUGCAGGAGAAGGACUUCACAGUCUCAAGUAUGCACGGAGAAAUGGGCCAGAAGGAAAGAGACCUCAUCAUGCGCGAGUUCAGAUCAGGCUCCACACGUGUGCUGAUCACGACAGACCUGUUAGCAAGAGGAAUCGACGUACAGCAAGUGUCACUCGUGAUCAACUACGACCUUCCUGUAUCACCAGACAACUACAUUCACAGGAUUGGAAGAUCUGGCAGGUUUGGAAGAAAGGGUGUCGCAAUUAAUUUUGUGACUCCUCAGGACAUGGACGCCAUGAAAAGCAUUGAAAACUACUACAACACGCAAAUCGAGGAAAUGCCCGCAGACGUAAGUGGAAAUUAA